UCCAUAAACGAACGGACCUAACGACACUCUCAAACGGAGUACCUAACGACACCACAAAUAUCAAAAUCCAUCUCAUCUCUUCUAUUAGAGAAGAAAAAAUUACUUCACUUUCUCUCAAACUUUCCCUCACUUUCUCUCUCCCCAAACACAACUGCUUGUAGUAUUCACUUACUUUAAUUUUUAAUUAUAAUUUUACCUGACACACCUCUGCAACUCUCUGUACAUUCUUCCCUUGUCGUUCUCUCUGAUUUGUCACUUUUCUUCCGAAAGCUCUUCCCCUCCCGAAUCUCUCUGCUCCUCUGUUAUCAUGCUUCAGAGCUUAGUCACUCAGUCUCCAAUCAAUAACAAUAACAAUAACAACAACAACAACUCUUCCGCAAUGAAAACCAAGCGCGUCGACCGCGAGACCGACAUCACCGACGUCGAUGAUCCUUCCAUGAAACGCGCCAACAUCGAACAAACUCAAAGUCAAACUCAGCAACCACACGAGCAGCAAGAGGAAGCGUCGGAAGCUGAACAGGUGGUUAUGGAAUUGGAGGGAGAGUCAACCGGAUUGAAACUCUUAGGUUUAUUGCUUCAAUGCGCUGAGUGUGUCGCCAUGGACAAUCUCGACGACGCCACUGAUCUCUUACCUGAAAUCUCCGAGCUAUCCUCUCCGUUCGGUUCUUCGCCGGAACGCGUCGGCGCGUACUUCGGUCACGCGCUCCAGGCGCGCGUUGUUAGCUCAUGUUUAGGAACCUACUCGCCUCUCACCACGAAAUCGUUAACGUUAUCUCAGUCUCAGAAGAUCUUCAACGCCUUGCAAUCAUACAAUUCAAUCUGUCCGUUGAUUAAGUUCUCUCAUUUUACCGCCAACCAAGCAAUUUUCCAAGCUCUGGCCGGCGCGGAUUACGUCCAUAUCAUCGAUCUCGAUAUCAUGCAAGGCCUUCAAUGGCCAGGACUGUUUCACAUCCUCGCCUCCCGGUCUAAAAAGAUCCGAUCCAUGAGAAUAACUGGGUUCGGAUCCUCCUCUGAGUUGCUGGAGUCAACCGGGAGACGACUUGCUGACUUUGCCAAUUCACUGGGAUUACCAUUCGAGUUUCAUCCACUGGAAGGCAAAAUAGGAAAUGUGACUGAUCUGAGUCAACUCGGGGUGAGACCGAGUGAGGCAAUUGUGGUCCAUUGGAUGCAUCAUUGUUUGUACGAUAUAACGGGGAGUGAUUUAGGGACGUUGAGAUUGUUGACUUUGUUGAGGCCGAAAUUGAUCACGAUCGUCGAACAAGAUUUAAGCCAUCGGGGUAGUUUUUUAGGUAGGUUCGUGGAAGCAUUACACUAUUAUAGCGCACUGUUUGAUGCGUUAGGGGAUGGAUUGGGUGUGGACAGUGUAGAGAGGCACACGGUGGAGCAGCAGUUGUUUGGUUGUGAGAUCAGAAAUAUCGUGGCAGUUGGUGGGCCCAAGAGAACAGGGGAAGUCAAAGUAGAGAAAUGGGGUGAUGAACUAAGACGGUUCGGGUUUGAACCCGUUUCACUUGGAGGUAACCCGGCUGCACAAGCCAGUUUGUUACUUGGGAUGUUCCCGUGGAAAGGGUACACUUUAGUGGAGGAAAACGGGUCAUUGAAACUGGGUUGGAAGGAUUUGUCUUUGUUGACAGCUUCGGCUUGGCAGCCGUCGGAUUAAAUAUAUAACUAGACUGAAUCCAAUGGAUCAAUGAUUGGGUUCAUCGAAUGAAAAUGUUGUCGUUUUGAGUAAAUGAUCAACAUUGAAUAGUGGGUCAUGGUUGGUGAGAAUGUAUUUGUUUAUAAUCCUUUGGUACAAUUUUUUAAGCAUCUAUGCUUGGAAGACUCAGCCGAUUGGAGAGUAUUUAAUUUAUGUUCCAUCAAUUUUUGGGAGGAAAAGAAAUACAGAGAAAAAGGAAAAGGAUAGUGGUUAACUGAUCCUAUUCAAUUCAACUAGUUCCUGAAAUUUGUAAUUGUAAAAAUGCUGAUUUGAAGUAAAAUCAUUGACAUUUUCAUUGUUUUUGGUAGCGUAUGAUUCUUAUUGUGAAAAUUUGGUAGAAUUAUAAUGGUGAAGUGGGCUAUGCAAAAACAAAGUAAAAUUGGUCGUAGGGUAGCGAAUGGAAUAAUUGGGGAGUAGAUAUAUUUGUGAUUUUGCUAUCAAGGGGCAUUUGAAUAGUCCAAAAGAAAGGAGAGGAAAGGGCUAGCCUACUUUGAUAUUAAAAUUGCAAAUGGAAGAAAAGACGCAGUGGUUAUGACAAAAGUUGAACAACGCGUGAGUCAUGGAUUGGUAAAGCCAAACAAAUGAGUCCAUAUAUGUAAUUGUCAGGCCCCCUUCAAAA